AAGUGGAUUAUUUUGGCGCGUUAUUAUUCGAGGCAAAAACUCCCGCCAAUUUUGGCCGCUCGCAUCCUCACACCAACGCCGUUAGAGGGCCAAAAGAGAGAAUACCCGACCCGGAAAAAUGCCGACUGACCCGAAAAGGAAAGGAUCUAGCAGUGCCACUACCCCAGCUUCACUAACCAAAAUCUUGCAUCGUUCUCUGUCGCAUCUUAAGUCAAGAACGCCGAACAAUAGCACCCCUGUCUCUUCUUUAUCUCUUAAAUCCGUUUGGUUGUAUGAUUGGUGGCUGGCUAAGGCAGAAGGGGAUGGCUUAGCUGUUUCUGGGUUUACUUUUAGAGAAGGAGUAGGAGCAAGAUUGUUUUGCUCGGCAGCGAUUGUCAGAAGACAUUACGCCACCAUUCUUGAGACAAAGGAUGGCAUCACUGUUACAAUUAGUGGAUUCAUAAAUAGAGAUCGGACUCGUGAAAAUGGGUUUUCAUUCCAGAUUUGUGAGCAUUUCCAGCUGGGAUUUCCAUAUUCUUGGUUAGAGCUUGCCACCCGAUUGGGUGGUGAAGAGUCUGCUAACAGAGGCAGUCCUCCCGGAAAAUCGGGUUUUGAUGAGCCCAAAAUGUCUUCUGGUACCAGCGCAAGCGCCGCCUCCGUUUCUUUUGAUGAUCUCCCGGUGACAAGGAUCCGCGAUAUUGCAACGCACCCUCUUGGAGAUUCCAAAGAUUGUGCACUCGCUGAUAUCCUAGAUCAUUUCUGCAGCAAUGAUGCCAAACUCUCUUCAUUGGCAACCAGUCCAGGCUCAAAGAAUCCAGUCACUGUGGCAAAUGCUGUGCUGGAUGAAACUCCAAGGAAAAACAAGAGGAGAGCUGACCGGAAGUACAAAGAUGGAGGUAUAAUUCCACGUAGAGUUGAUAUAGUAACGGGGGAACACAUCACACCAAGCAGAGGAAUUGUCACAAGAAGCAUGUCCAGGCGGAGGAAUUUUGGAGAAAUACAAGAAGAAAGUCAAUCAUCUGCAUUUCUUUCAACAUCAGAGACCACUGAGAACCUUUCCGGUGGGAUGACGAGUACAAGUGCUCGGAAAGAUAGUUGGGCUGCCACAUCAACGGAGAAAAUUAUGGAAGUCCCUGAUGUACCCAUAGUCAGAAGAUCAAGCAGGAGGCCGAAUAUCCGGAAGGAUUAUCGUGAAAAGUAAUACCAGUAUGGAAAGCCUUCUGAAACAGAAUGGAGAAGUGGUGGGAAUGUUCAUGUCCGAUGGAUAUGUUCCAUGCAGAAAGUGAUGCUACCUUUCCUCUAGCCUCGUUACAGUGAUCAAUCGUAUGAUAUUACAGGCACAAACUAACAUUCUUAUUUACCAUAUAACCCCUCAAAAAGCAUGACUUUCUUUAUCCUUCCAUUUUAUUUUAGCAUGACUUUCGAAAAGCAUGAAAUGCCCUUUCCACCA